AUGUCUGACUACAAGGUCUAUGAAAAGGCUAACUUCUACAUUCCCAAACGCUACAAUAUCCACCAAGUGCUUGGAAAAGGCUCCUACGGCGUUGUCUGUCUGGCUACCGACUCUAGGGCCCAAGGUGAUUCCCCCGUGUGGCUCGCAAUCAAGAAGGUCGGGGGCAUUCUCCAUAAACAAGUUCUACUUCGGCGGGCAAUUCGGGAAUUGCGUAUGAUGCGCUACUUCCGUGGCCACCGCAAUAUUGUUUCGCUUGUCGAUGUGAAUUUCGUCUCCGUUGAGCCUUACGAGGGGCUAUAUUGCUUUCAAGAACUCAUGGAAUACGACCUUUCCAAAAUUGUCUAUUCUCCUGUCCAAUUCUCUGAGUUUCAUGUGUGUAGCUUUAUUUACCAGGUACUCUGUGGCCUAAAGUACGUCCACUCGGCCAAUGUGAUCCAUCGAGACUUGAAACCCAGCAAUCUUCUUGUCAGUAGCACAGGAACCGUGAAAAUUGGUGAUUUUGGUUUAGCAAGAGCCAUCAAGGUGUCGCCAUCUCUCUUCACUGUCGCACCCAUUACGAACUAUGUGGCCACCAGAUGGUAUCGGGCACCUGAGCUCAUUAUUCGAGAGUCGAGAUACGGAAGGCCAGUGGAUAUGUGGGCUGUGGGAUGUAUCUUGGGAGAGCUCUAUGGUCGUCGGCCAUUGAUGCCAGGGAAGGAUCUGCUCGACCAAUUCCAUCUCAUAAUGAAGUUCUUGGGAGCACCUCCACCAAGUUUGGGGAUGCAGAAAAUAUACACCGUGCAUCAGUUUGCACAUCUGGUUCCAUGGAAGGUGGUGUAUCCUUUUGCAAGCGACGCAGCAUUGGAUCUUUUGGGCAAAUUACUUCAGUGGGAGCCUCGAGGUCGUCUCAAGGUGGAGGAUGCAUUAAGUCAUCAGUAUUUUGCACAGAUUCGACGCAAGCGGAGCGAGGCAGUAUGUUCUGAAGCGUACAAAUUAGGCAAGGAAGAGGAAGAGAAGACUCUUGUGGGGCUUCGGCAGCUUUUGGAGGACGAGGUGGAGAGGUUUAGAAGAGAGAGGGAAGGUAGAGGGAAGGAUGAGAAACGAAGAGUUUCAGACGAAAGCCUCUGA